UGUUAAUAUUUCCUUAUUGUUUUAAGUACAAUGGCUUCGCAAUGGAUUAUGUUUGUCUCUGUGCAAUUUCUACUCACCAAUAACAUUCAUUCACAGACUUGCAGCAAAAUUGAAAGUUUUGUGUCUGGAAGAACAACAGCUUAUUCAAUCAAAUACUAUUGUUGCGCUAAUGCCAUUGAAAAGAAUGGAAGAUGUGAAACAUGUCCAAUAGGUUACGCUAGUGAGAACAAUCAUUGCCAACAGUGUAAAGAAGAUUUUUAUGGAGAAAGGUGUGCAUUUGACUGUUUCUGUGAGGCAAACGAAAGCUGUGACCAUGUAUAUGGCUGUAUUAAUUCCACAACCAGUACUCAACAGUCUUCAAAGCCAACCAUUGCACCAAUAAAAGAGAGAGAUUCCUCAAAAAGUACGUCGUCAAGCAAUUACGUAGUGCUAUACAUGUCUUCUAUUGCCACUAUUGGCUCAACUGUAAUCAUUGCAAUAGCACUGUGGAGACAGAAGGACUGGAUAAAGAAGAGAUUAAACGGUCGGACUCUGCGAUUUCCAAGGUUACAAGAAAAGUCUAGUGCUGAAGAAAAACUGAAAGAAGUGGCAUUUUUCAGGAAAAGCGAAAACGUAUAUGACGACAUCAAUGAAAGAUACAUGCUCAAGGAUUUUGAAAAACUUGAUUUUAUUCAACAUGAAAUCAUCUAUGUAAAAUGAAUUCAAUUUGAUGAAGAAGGACUUGUACUUUUUAUUAUUCCUUUUUUUUCGCAUUAACUAAAAUUCCUUUAAUUUAAAGACAAUAUUUAACAUGUUUAAAUAAGACAUGUUCAACAGUAUAAAUUUAAUUCUAAAUGAAUGUAAAACAAAUCAAGAUCAAAGGAUUUUUCAAAUUAAAGAUUUAUUAAUUAAUAUUUUUCUACACAAUAAGGGGUCAAAAUUUUAAUUCCCAAAUGCGCGCAAAUGUAAUGCGCCUUUGAAUUUCGGGGGCUAAAGCAGGAGGUUUAAUUUUUCGGACAGAAUUUUCAUUUUCACCUGUUCAAAGUUCGACUUAUAUAUCGAUCUUCUGUGUGAAUAUCUAUUUUUAGAAAAUGAAAGGAUAUGGAGUAAAUGUACAAGGGACAAAAUCGCACACAAUACAUAGAAAAAAUAGAAAAUUAUCAAUGAACAGGGCUUUUAUUCCUGUUCUUCAUCUUGACAGUUGAUGUAGGGUCUUCAUCAAUGAACGUAUCAUUCAUACCCUACAACAAGGUCAAAACGGCCCCUAGCAUCGACUUAAGCGGUACUAUUGAUAAAAAUAAACCACAGUUCACCUUCUUGCUCCCAACCCGCCUCGGAGUGCCAAUUUGUGCGAUACUUGUGUACGACGGUUCUCCAGUCAAAAGCACCAGGGAUACAAGAAAAGUGCAGUAAUUUUGACAUCGAUCGCCGCUAAAAUAUGCCAUGAAGUUACACAUGUCGGGAGCGGUCAAUGAAUUACAUAACUUAUAAUUACGGGCGAGGUUUUUUCAACAUAUAUUUGUCAUACAUUGCCUAACAAAAGACCAAUAAUUUCAAAACAACAAAUGAUAGACAAUACAUAUUAAACUAAAAAACAAAUGAUAGACAGCACGGGCACAUCGAAAUAUACGUAAGAAAACCUAGCAGUUUAAAAAUAGUAUGAAAGGGCGAUAUACAAAACAGAUGACCAGACCGGUAUUUUGAAGAAAUUUAAUCAAACAUGAAAUUUUGACAGUGUAUUAGGGAGCUACCAUUUGAUUUUUAUGGGGGGGGGGGGCUAGGAUGAAAUUUAAAAAAAAUAGGCAGGACAGGAGUUUUGAGUAAAAAAAAAGGGCAGGAUGAGACACUUGCAAAAAAAAAAAAAAUUCAGGAUGACAAUUUAGGUAAAAAAAAGUCAGGAUAAACUUUAAAAAAAAAAGGCAGGACCGAAUAGAGUGAAAAAUAAAAAGGCAGGACAGAGAUUACAACUAAAAAAAAAUGCAGGACAACAUUUUUCAUCCUAGCCCCCCUGGAGCAUUGUUUUGUACGAUGAAAUGCAAUAGAAAAAAGGAAGGAAUAAAGUUUGAAAAAUAAUGUUUAAUAUAAAAGUUAGAGCAAACUUUAGAUAUUUAUCUUUAAAAAUAUAUAAGUAUUGUUUUGAACCAUUCAAGUAGGUAUUUAUAUAUCUUAAUUUGCUCAAAGAGAAACCAUUUUUUUCUAAUCAAAAUUAAAUCAAAUCAGACAUUUUAUCCGUUCUAAUAUGUAAGAUUAACUGAGAAUAAGAAUGCCCCAACCGGUUCCUUAUUAAACCUGACAUGUGUACAUAACUGAAGUAUCCUUGGUAUACAUAUAGAUAGAUAUAUAAAGAUAAUUAUAUGAUUGUAUAUAUGAUCGAAGUGCUAGGUUCAUUAUCGCUGUUCUUUUUGUACACCAAUGAAAUGCAUAUUACUGGUUUUGUCUUACAAAUGUAUAUGCUUUUCGAUAUAUAUCUUUAAAGAGUGUUGUAUUAUAUUGUUAUCCCCUUGUAAUAUCCAUUACAUAUUGAUAUUAAAAUAAGAAUGGUAUUUUA